GGAACGGUGUAACAUUUCAUCCAGUCACGAGGACACAGGGGAGAUGACGUCAUGACUUACUAGGGGAACAAUCGGAGGGAGAGAGCGCCACUGAGCAGGCUGCAGGCAGGCCACCUCAAUGGACUCACUGAUGGCUAAUGCGUUUAGCUAGCAUAGUCCAGCCUCACGGACCUGCCUGUUUCGUCCAGCGCUGUUCAUAAUUUACCGUUUCCCUAUGCAUGUAAACAUUUGAGCUGAAUUAAAUGUCGCGUAGACUAGUCAGCAAGGGCUGAAAACUAUCAUCUGCACCAAAUCGCACAACUCUUUGUCGCUGAACUUUUGUUAAGUGGACCGUCUGGACUGCCUCAAACUGAAUGGACUAACAUGAAGAGCCUGAAAGCAAAGUUCAGGAAAACUGAUGCCCAUGAAUGGAGUAAGAAUGACGAGCGUCUCCUCUCCGCGGUGGAGCAUGGGGAGGUGGACAAGGUCACGUCGCUCCUGGCUAAGAAGGGGGCCAGUGCCGUUAAGCUGGACGCUGAGGGCAAAUCAGCUUUGCAUGUGGCUGCCAUGAAGGGCCAGGCGGAGUGUCUGGCUGUGAUUCUGUCCCACGGAGCAGACGUCUCAGUAAUUGAUGCUUCAGGUUUUACAGCUUUACACCUCGCUGCCAAAAACAAUCACCAGGACUGUGCCAAAAAAUUGAUACAGAAUAAGAGUGUGGUGGAUUCUCUUGAUGGCUCAGGGAAGACCGCUCUGCAUCACGCAGCUGCGUGUGGAACCGUUGCGAUGGUUCAGCUCCUGUGUGAAACCAAGUGUUUAGUGAACCUCAAGGAUGCGGAGGGCUUCACACCCUUGCUGUUGUCAGCCAGGCAUUCACAUGCUGACGUGUGCAGCACCCUGCUGAAGUGGGGGGCCGAUGUCAACGCUCGUGACAAGAACGGCAGGACGGCCGUGAUGCUGGCCUGUGAGGGCCGCUGCGUUGCAGCGGUACAGGUCCUGGUGCAGUGUGGAGCCGACCUCAGGGCCGCAGACUCCCUGGGCUGCGACGUGCUGCACUAUGCCAAGCUCUCUGGCAGCGCCGAAGUCCGGAAUGUUCUCAACUCGGUUCUCCAGAGACAGCAAGCCGACUCAGAUAAUAAGACUCCACAAAAAACUCCACAGCAUGAUAUGGCUGCUUGGGUAAAUGAUGACAGGAACUCAACCCCUAAAAAACGAAAAGCGCCUCCACCUCCUAUUAGUCCGACACAGUUGGCAGGCAUCGUUUCCCCUCCCUACCUGACCCCGACGGGAACGCCGUCCUCCGCCAAGAGUGACACACCGAAGAGGUUUAAUUACAAGGAGGAUGAGAUCCGUAGCAUGGCGCUGAAAGAGGAGAUUGAGAAACUCCAGGAGGAGAAGAGCAUGCUGCUGGAGACCAUUGAAGAUCUGAAGCAGAUUGUGGAGCAGACUGAGCCCAAGGCUAGUGUGGCAGAGCACAGGGGGAAUGCUGAUGUGGCCCUGGUCGCCACGCUGCAGGCCAAGGUGGCCGCGCUCUCGCUGGAGAACCAGCAGCUCUCGCAGAUCAUCAAGAAACGGCCAGCGCCACAAGGAGAGGACGAGGACUCGCGGCCCAACAGCAUCGAUUCCAACGCCUCCUACCACUCCACGCGGGCCGACUUUGAGCACCCGUCGCUCUCGGAGGCCGAAGACGCGUCUGCCGUCGAGGAGGACCCGAGUGGCGGCGGUGGCGGGGAUGAGAUCCUGCUCCUCAGGGAGACGCUGCACAGCGUCCAGUCCAAACUUCAGGAGAGCCAGCAGGAGAACCGCUCGCUGCAGGCCCGCCUGAGCCCUGUGCCGCUGGGCGAGAUGGCCAUGCUGGAGAGCGUGGCGGAGCUUCAGGCCAAGCUGGCCGCCACCCAGGAGAGGUACCUGCGGGCCACCCAGGAGGUGCAGACGCUCCGGGCCGAGGUGCUCCAGGGUGGUGGCGGUGGAGGUGCGGGUCGACCUGGGACCGAGGUGGACGACGCGGUCAUGCAGAAGGUGCAGAAGCUGAAAGGCUGCCUAGAGCAGGAGGUGCAGGAGCUGAGGGCCAAGCUGGCCGGCGCUGAGAAGCAAGGCGAGCGGGACGCCGGCCGCAUCCAAGAGCUGGAGUGCCGUCUGGAGAUCGCCGCCAAUCAGGAGGCGCACGAGCGCGAGAGCCACGGCGUCCAGCAGGAGGCGCUCAAGCGGGAGAAGGCGCAGCUGGCCGAGAAGUGCAAGCAGGCGCAGGAGGAGGUGAGGAUCCUGCAGGUGGCGAUCAAGGGCAUGGUGCCGGUCGAGGCCGCCGCCAAGGACUUCGAGGCCAUGAAGGCGGAGACGGGCGAGGUGAUCGAGGGGCUGCAGAGGCGCCUGCGCGAGCUUUCCAAGUCCUACAGCGAGACCAAGAGCGAGCUGAGCGCCGCACGCAGCCAGCUCAAGACCAGCCAGUCGCCCGAGCCGGCGGGGGGGAAGGGCGACUCCCCGACCGGCUCCGUCAAGGAGACGCAGGAGCUGCAAGCCGCCGUCCGUAAGGUGGAGGAGAGCGAAGCGAAGCACGCCAAGGCGCUCAAAGAGAUCGCUCAGCUAAGAGAGGAGAUGGAGGCCCAGGCCCAGGCCACGGUGUCGCUGGCUGACCACACGCAGGUGGUGUCCUCCCUGGGCAGCGCCAUCAAGGACCUGGAGGCCCGGGCGGCGGCGCUCGAGCAGCAGCUCGGCCAGAAGAGCCUGCAGGUGGACGCGCUGCAGAACCGGCUCGCGGUGGAGCAGGAGCGCCGCGCCGGCGGCCGCCAGUCCCAGCUGACACGCACCUCUUUGAGGCCUGGAGGCCGGCGCGUCACCCGCCUGCUGCAGGAUGCGCUGCGUAAGCAGGACGAGAUGGCCCUGGAGGUGGCCGCAGCCUGGCAGGAGGCCAGGGAUGGCCAUGCCGAGAAGCGGGCCCUGGAGGAGACUGCCGCCGGCAGGCUGCAGGAGAACAACGCGCUGGGGGCCAAGCACCGCGAGGCCCAGGAUCUCAUCGCACACCUGAAGAAGCAGGUGGAGAACCAUGUGGCGUCGGAGAGGGAGAAGAACAAGAAGAUUGACGAUUUGUCGAAAGAGGUUGCGAAGCUGAAGGAGGCCCUGAACAGCCUGUCCCAGCUGUCCUACAGUGGCAGCAGCGCCCCCAAGAGGCAGCAGCAGAGCCAGCAGCUGGAGGCCCUACAGCAGCAGAUCAAGCAGCUCCAGCACCAGCUCACGGAAUCUAAGAAGCAACACCAUGAGAUUGUGUCCGUCUACAGGAUGCAUCUCCUCUAUGCUGUCCAGGGUCAAAUGGAUGAAGAUGUGCAGAAGGCCCUGAAGCAGAUCCUCAUGAUGUGCAAAAUGUCAACCGAAGCCAAGUGACGCCUGCCAUGCAAGAUAUCAAUGCUGUUGUUUCGGGAAUUGUUUUUUUUCCGCAACCCAUUUGUUGCCAAAAGCAUAAAAGGACACAAGUAGAAUUUGCCAUCUCUGUCCGUCUUUUCUCAAAAGUGGUUCAUCCGUCCAUCAAAAUCACAGAUUCAUUCACAAGACACAUUUACCGUUAUUCACAUUAGAUCAUAGUUCAAUCCAGCAUGCUAUCCGCAGUUUCACUGUAAGUUAGGUUACCUUUCAAGUGCAUAUAAGACAAUCAAACAAGGUCAGUGCUGGCUAUGUACCAGAUAGUGGAAUGAGUUUAUCAGUGUUAUUUGUUAAAUAAAAGAUGGAAUGUUUGCAACCACUACUAUGCAAAUGGUAAUUGGUUAUGGUCCUUCUCUUUUGAUCUCAUAAAACAAAAAUGCAUGCUUUACAUGAAACAUGUUGUUCCCAAUGAAUGUGCACCUUCAAAAAGAAAAUGGUAAUUUCUUGCUGCAGUUGAUCGAGAUGAAGCAACCUUAUUGUAUUUUCGUAAAAUUGUAAGAAUAUGUGGAUGAAUUUUGCUCUGUUUUCUCAUCUGCUUGAUAUGAAACACUUGUGACCAUGGAUGUGGUUGUGUUUGGACUCAUCGCCCCCACCCACCCACUCACACUCAGUGCCGUUUUUGUAGACUUUUCUAGGUAUUUUGUGAGACCGUUAUGGACUCAAACACCCAUCCACGUUACAGAUGCACUUUCCCACUUUCCCACCCUCCUCAGUGACUUUUUCCAGUACUGUUAGAGAGACUCAGCCUGCCAGCCAGAUCCAGGGCACUUUGUGUCCAUGUGCCUGUAAGACAUAGUUCCUGUUGGAAGGAUACACAUUAUUGAAUUUUAGGUAGUGUUUUUUUUUUGUUUAUGUAGUGCAUGUUUUGGUGUAACAUAGAUUACUCUUGAGUUGUAUUUCUACACAAACCAGCGGAUGUUGUUGGGUUGUUGUUGUUGUUGUUGGGACAAUAGCAUGGUUAUGGUUAAACAUUACAACCCCCAAGAGGGCUGACCCCAUCAGUCUCUGUACAAACAAAGAGGCUUCAGCACCUCAGCCAAUCCAGAAUCAGGGAUAAGAAUAUCAUUUUUGUAAUACCGAUGAAAAUGUAUUGAAAUGAAAAAUGAAGGAUUUUGUUGCUGAGAACAGGAUCACCAGCCUAUAAUGUGUUAACUGUCCCUGGGG